AUGGAAAUUCGAUGUACUUAAGCAAAUCACUAAAAUUUAUAGAUAAUUGGAGCUUGCAUAGAUCCAGAAUGUCAAUAUCAGAGACCUUACUGUCAUUAUUGUUAAAUUAGUCACUCUUAACAUUUUGUUAAUACAAUACCUUUAGAAUUUUUAUCCAAUUGGAUGCAAGAAAAAUAUGAAGCUUUUCAAGUUAUGUAGUACAGCUUUUAAGAAUGCAAAUCAUCACUUUAAACAAUAAUAGAUUUAUUUAUUCCAUUAAUCAAUAUAAAUGCCGAAAAUUUAGGACUUUCUGAACUUAGUAAUAAGAUCAAGUGCUUCAGUUAAAUCUAAGAAUUGGAAAUACUGUUUUAAAGUGAACUAAAGCAAUCUAUGGAUUUUAUAAUAUUAAUAGCUGAUCAAAUAAGAUAAAACAUGAAAAAGGUAGCAACAGAAAAACAACCAAUUAAUGCUCUAGUUUAAACAAGAAAUUUAUAAAACACUAUAUAAAUUUAAACGUAACAAUAUCAAAAAAAAAUUUCAUUUGAACUAAUUGAAUAAAAUUCGAUUUAAUAAACUGAAGGGUGUCGCGCAAUAGCAUUUAAUAAAGAUGAUUCUAUUGUUCUAGCUGCGUGUGAUUAGCUAAUAAAAGUCUAUAAACAUGAUAAAGGGAAGUUGAAUUAUAAUUAAACCUUAAACGAACAUAAAGAAAAUGUAGUGACUUUGAAUUUUAUGAUGAAAUCCGAUAGGUUUGUCUCUGGUAGUUUCGAUAGCACAAUUAUAAUCUGGUAACAAGUCUAAUUUAAAUGGGUGAAGCAGCAAUAAUUAACUGGACACUCAAAUUGUAUUCUCUGCUUAAUAGUGAAUAAUAAAGAAGAUCUUAUUAUCUCAAGCAGUAAAGAUUGCACUAUAAAAUUUUGGGGAAAAUAAUAUGAUUGGAUAUUACAAUAAACCGUAAAUGAACAUAAUAAAAGUAUUCAUUCAAUAAGCUUAAAUGAGCAAUAAAAUCAAUUGAUUUCUUGUUCUUUAGAUAAAAGCCUCUAUGUGAUGCAAUUACGAGAGCUGGAUUAGAAGUGGAUUGUUAAAUAAUUUAUAGAAGUUAACUAAUAUGGAUAUCGAAUUUCUUUUAUAAAUAAUAAUUAGUUUGUGUAUUAACCUUAUUGCUCAGAAUUUAUGCAAGUGUAUGAUUUGGAUCAAUCAACUUUAUAGUAUAAAAAGACUAUUGAUAUUCCAGUAAAGUGUGGUUCACAGCAUGAUACUAGUUAUUUUCAAUUAUAGUAUUUAAAAUCAAAAGGAAUUCUAAUUAAUAAAAAUGGAAAGUUCAUUAAUAUCUUAAGAAAGUUAGAUGAUAAUAAUUAGUUUGUGGUUGAAUAGCUCAUCCAAUUUGAUGACCAUAUUAACUUUGGAUAACUAAGUUAAGAUGGAUGUUAUUUAAUAAAUUGGGAUAUCGUAAAGAGGAAACUAUAAAUUAGAAAAUAUAAAGAAUUAUGA